AUGUCUAAAGAAUUGUUCUCCACAAUUAAAAAGCUUGACGAUUGUUUUUCCAGUGAACUAUUACUUAAUGGAGGAAACUGUUGUGAUGAAGUAUUAUACACAGCAUAUUGUCCUACCAAGAAUGGGGGGGAAAAAGGAGAAUGUAACACAAAUGGUGAAAAAAUUAAUGCUGGGCUUAUAUGGUUGUUAGAGAUGUUCAAGAAUCAUUGUAGUGAUAAUAGUUCUGGAAAUGAAAAUGUAAAAUAUCCUGAAUAUGCUAUUUUAUGGUUAAGUAAUAUGGUAAAUAAAACGCCAGGUGAAGGAAUCACCACAUUAAAUGAUUUUUAUACUAAAUAUAUAAAAAAUAAUACGGAUUAUAAUGAUUCCAAUACUGAUAGUAAAGAUUGUAGUAAUUCGUUAAAAGAUGGAACGGGAUAUACAAAUUUUAAGAAAUUCAUAGAAACAAACGGAGAUUUCAUGAAUAUGAAUAUGCACACUAUGGCUAUGUUGUAUGAUGCAUUUAAAAUCUUAUGUAAUAUGUAUACUGAAUUUGACGAAAAAACGUCAGAUUGCGAGAAAUAUAUGAAAUAUGCUGAUGAUUUUUUUAAAAAAUAUGAAUUUCUUAAUAAUAUUGAUGAUAUCACUGAAGGUAGUCCAUAUCAUCAAGUAUUGUCUACUUUAUUAAAUGAUUAUAAUAAUUUUAAAAAUAAAUAUAAUAAUACUCAAUGUUGCAAAUCUUCACCCCUCCAAACUAUAGAAAAAAUGCAAGCUUCUGCACGAAGUUCUGAAUUUACAUUAUCAAAUUUGUCGAUAGAAAAAAAAUUAUCUAUAGUUUUAUCGACAUUUGGUGCAAUGGUAUUUUUUUUUGGAAUUUCUUAUAAGUAUUCGUUAUUUGGAUUUCGGAAACGAUCUCAAAAACAAUAUUUAAGAAAAAAGCUAAAAAAAUUAAGAAAAUGGAUAGUUAAUAUAUGA